AUGUCUUCGCGGCCUUCGUCCAGCACAUCCAAGGAUAUGCCGUCGGCCUCGGCUCCAGGCACAGCUCUGCGACGAUCUUUCACCCUGCCUUCGAGACUCGCCAAUCCGAACAAAGCACAACAACAGGUCGACAUUGGCUCCGCCGACGGAAUCGAGACUCUGUUUGUCCAUCCUUCGGCCAAGAUUGUAUCCUUCAGUACAGCGUCGUCUCUGAGAUCGCGACCAAGCUCAAGAUCGAGCAUUGCCAGCUAUGAUGGAGAAGCAGAUGCGUCAACGUCCCUGCUGUGGACCUCACCCACCGAGCGGACUAUGGCUGCUGAAAUCUACCGCGUACCUGGGUCUGUCGCAUUCCUACAUUCUGGAAGCUUAUUACACGCCAUUCUCCCUCGUUCGCAAUGUUGGUGUGUCGACGGUGUCUCCAAGUUUGCCAUGCGCGUCUUACCAAAUACCUACUACCGUAUUGAGUUACCCGGAACCACUCAAGAAGAUCUGGAAUAUGUUGAGCAGCUCAANAAGACACUGGCCAAAGUUUUGUACUAUGAGAGAACAGCCUGUCCUUUUCAAAGAGGUUUCGGCGAGGAUCUGCCAGAGAUGCCCAGUAGGAACUCGCGAAGAAUGUCAAGAGAGUUCAUCGAACCUGCAAAACGCUGGAGACUUGACAAGGUAUGGAGGCCAGAGGGUGCGGAACUUGAAGAACCACAGCUCUUGCAUCCAAACAGAAGUCCCUCGAGGUCAGAUACAGAACGAUCAGAGGUGGAGGACAACACAAGGGUAGAGGAAGAGAGCGGAACAGAACAGGACACAAGGCCAGCCAGCAGAGACAAGCCACCUCAGCUUUCUGGACCAUUUCCCUCCAAAAAGCUGGCAGCCAUGCGCUCUGUCACUGCUCCACCACAGUUGAGCCUCGAAUCGUCACCUCCGUCUAAAGUCAACAAAGUUCGGAAAAUGGCUGGAAUCUUCGACCAAACUGCUCGCGAUACUGUGCCACCUCAUGCACGUCCUCUGUCAUCGGCUCUUGUGCCACGGCUACCACCAACUCCUGAGUCUGCCAAUGAUCACGAUCUACCCCUCAACUCCCCUGACUACCAUAUUCAUGAGAACAUCACAAACGACGAGCAGUCGAGCUCGACUGUAGCCAAACCUGUCGCGGUGGUGGUAGACGAGACUGACGUUUCUAAUCUUAUGGAACCCUUGAUCAUCGUCGAGCAGGUAGGCGAUGAACCUGAGCUGGACGAAUCUCAAGAUUUGGCCAAAAUGCCUUCUGAAACACAUUCAGAAAUCGUUGAUACAAUCGAUGAGACGCUCUUGCCAGAAGAACCCCAAGAACAAGCAAUCGCAGGAGCCAUGGAUGCGAUAGAAGAGGUACCAUCUACCACCACUGAAGUCGAACAACCAGCUUCAGUGGACUCCAUCGAAGAAACACAACCAACCCACGGCCUAACCGCAUCACCUUCCACCUCAACAACCGAAACCACAAGUGCCACCUUCACAGCUUCCUCACCAGCUCUCUCCACAACCUCCCUCUCAACCGCAACAUCCUGGUCUACUCUUCCCGUCCUCACCCCCUCAGAAGCAACAGACCUCCUCCGCCAACGCCGCGGCCCCUCUCCCUCCUCCUCUCCCUCUCUCCGCUCAACCUCUCCUCCUCCCACAACCACAACCCAAACACCCGCCAAACCCACUUCUUCUUCCACAGCUCUCACAAAAACCUCUCCAGCCCUUUUAGUCCGCAAAACCUGCGCUUUGUUUUUAGGCCCACCGGCAAAUCUUGUAGCUACUAUGCUCAGGAUUGCGGCGAGGUUGGUCGCGAGCGGCGCGUUAAAUCUCGCCGAACCGGCUUUUCACGAUAUGUUUGCUGCUGGUGGUGCUGCGGCUGCUGCAACUGCAGCGGGUAGAUUGAGGGGUCACAGAAGAGUGCCGGGAAGCUGGGAUUUGAGUGAUGAUGAUGAGGAUUGGGGGUUCUGA